GGGCACGUCGGGAAAUGUAGUCCUGCGCUUCCCUCGCCGAGCAAGUCAUCGGACAUCUGGAACUCCCUUUCCCAGUAGGCCCUCGGCCUAGUCCCACCGAGCCCUCUGCGCGCGGGGCCCUGUGGGAUUGAAAGGGCAGAGGGUGUCUACCUCCUAGCUUCUCAGGAUAAGAACUACAGCUCCCAGAAGGCUGUGUGGCCGAGCCCCUCGGGCGGCCUUCUGAGACUCUCCCGCGUCAGCGCCCUGGGGUCUGACCCUGCGGUGUAGUGUCCUGGCCUGGCGAGAGGGACGGCCCCGUGAGGGUCGUGCCUCCUAGAGCCGCCCCCCGGACGUCAGUCCUGGAGGAGGCGAGGGUUGCUCCGGUUGUUGAAAAGACUAUGAACAGAUCAGAGAACUUACUCUUUACUGGUUCCUCAUCAGCAUCACAAGUUCAUGCUGCUGCAGUGAAUGGAGAUAAGGGUGCUCUUCAGAGGCUCAUCAUAGGAAACUCAGCUCUGAAAGACAAGGAAGACCAAUUUGGGAGAACACCACUUAUGUAUUGUGUACUGGCUGACAGACUGGACUGCGCAGAUGCUCUCCUAAAGGCAGGAGCAAAUGUCAAUAAAACUGACCAUAGCCAAAGAACAGCCCUCCAUCUUGCAGCUCAAAAGGGAAAUUAUCGUUUCAUGAAACUCUUACUUACACGCAGAGCAAACUGGAUGCAAAAGGAUUUAGAAGAAAUGACGCCUUUGCACUUGACCACCCGGCACAAGAGCCCUAAGUGUUUGGCACUUCUGCUGAAGUUUAUGGCACCAGGGGAAGUAGAUACACAGGAUAAAAACAAGCAAACAGCUCUGCAUUGGAGUGCCUACUACAACAACCCUGAACAUGUGAAGCUGCUUAUCAAGCAUGAUUCUAACAUUGGGAUUCCUGAUGUUGAAGGCAAGAUCCCUCUCCACUGGGCAGCCAAUCAUAAAGAUCCAAGUGCUGUUCAUACUGUGAGAUGCAUUCUCGAUGCUGCUCCAACGGAGUCUUUACUGAACUGGCAAGACUAUGAGGGGCGCACACCUCUUCAUUUUGCUGUCGCUGAUGGAAACCUGACGGUGGUUGAUGUCUUGACCUCAUAUGAAAGCUGCAAUAUAACGUCUUAUGAUAACUUAUUUCGAACCCCACUUCACUGGGCAGCUUUACUAGGCCAUGCACAGAUUGUCCAUCUCCUUUUAGAAAGAAAUAAAUCUGGAACUAUCCCGUCUGACAGCCAAGGAGCAACACCCUUGCACUAUGCAGCUCAGAGUAACUUUGCUGAAACAGUACAAGUUUUUUUAAAACAUCCUUCAGUGAAAGAUGAUUCAGACCUCGAAGGAAGAACAUCCUUUAUGUGGGCAGCAGGGAAAGGCAGUGAUGAUGUCCUUAGGACUAUGCUGAGUUUAAAAUCUGACAUUGAUAUUAACAUGGCAGACAAAUAUGGGGGCACAGCUUUACAUGCUGCUGCCCUUUCUGGCCACGUCAGCACUGUGAAGUUAUUAUUGGAAAAUGAUGCUCAAGUAGAUGCUACUGAUGUCAUGAAACAUACUCCACUUUUCCGAGCCUGUGAGAUGGGACACAAAGACGUGAUUCAGACACUUAUUAAAGGUGGAGCAAGGGUAGAUCUAGUUGACCAAGAUGGACAUUCUCUUCUACAUUGGGCAGCACUGGGAGGAAAUGCUGAUGUUUGCCAGAUUCUAAUAGAAAAUAAGAUCAAUCCGAAUGUGCAAGAUUAUGCAGGACGAACCCCUUUGCAGUGUGCUGCAUAUGGGGGAUAUAUCAACUGUAUGGCUGUGCUCAUGGAAAAUAACGCAGACCCUAACAUUCAAGACAAAGAGGGAAGAACAGCUUUGCACUGGUCCUGUAACAAUGGAUACCUUGAUGCCAUUAAAUUAUUACUAGACUUUGCUGCUUUCCCUAAUCAGAUGGAAAACAAUGAAGAGAGGUACACACCUCUUGAUUAUGCUUUGCUUGGUGAGCGCCAUGAAGUAAUCCAGUUCCUUUUGGAGCAUGGGGCCCUGUCCAUUGCAGCCAUACAAGAUAUUGCCGCCUUCAAAAUCCAAGCUGUCUACAAAGGAUACAAGGUCAGAAAAGCUUUUCGAGACCGGAAGAAUCUCCUUAUGAAGCAUGAGCAGCUGAGAAAAGAUGCUGCAGCUAAAAAGCGGGAGGAAGAAAACAAGCGAAAAGAGGCAGAACAACAGAAAGGACAGCUGAGCCCAGAUUCCUGCAGACCACAAGCCCUUCCCUGUCUGCCCAGCCCCAUUCUGCAGAAUGAGACCAGCAGAAAGAGCAGGGCCCCCAGCAAACAGCCUCCUGCCAGCCACAUAGCCCAAGGCCCUGAGCUGAGAGACAGCGGAGGGUCUCCAGGUGGGACUCCGGGCAAAGCCUCUCAGAAGGAGCCGCAUGUUUCCUCAGACCUUCAGGAAACAGACUCCAGAAAGCCAAACGAAACAUCCAGGGAACAACAUUCUAAAGGCCACUCUGCCUGUGUCCACAACAGACCCAGUGAAGACAGUGAGGGACACAGGCAUCUGGGAGUCUCCUCGCUUGAGAAGACCAGAGGCGAGACGGCUGGUGAGCAUCGGUGUGAAAGGGGCAAAGGCACACUGAAGCAGCCCUCCUGUAUCAGGGUGGCCGGGCCUGAUGAGAAAGGAGAGGACCUUCCGCAGCAGGACAGCCACCGGAAGCCGGGCAGGCGGCAUGAUGCAGUCCCCAAGGCCAGAAAUCCCCCCCAGAAAAGGCGCCUUCAAGAGCUCAGAGGAAGGUGCUCCCCGGCUGGUUCCAGCCGGCCUGGCAGUGCCAAGGGGGAGGUUGUUCAUGCUGGGCAGAAUCCUCUCCACCAUCGCACACCAAGAAACAGAGUGACACAGGACAAGCUCCCAGGAGGGGUCUAUUCAGAUUUGCCACAGAGCACAGAGGAGAUGAGGUCAGGAGCCAGGAAACUGGGGACAUCUACCCUGUCUGAGGAUGCUCAGGUAUCUAAGGACAUUGAUCCAGCAUCUGGACCCCUCUCUGGGCAGAGUGUGAAUAUUGACCUUCUCCCUGUAGAGCUCCGACUGCAGAUAAUCCACAGAGAAAGGACUAGGAAAGAGCUGUUUCGCAAAAAGAACAAGGCAGCCGCCAUCAUCCAGCGCGCCUGGCGAAGGACCCCAAAGUGCUGUCCUGGAACUGUGUGUCUGACACCAAAACAAGGAAUGGUGAGGGACAGCAUAGGGGAUAGGUCGUGGCACUUAAUGUUCAAUGAAUGGAUUGUCUUUAUAGGAGACAUGAAAAGGACGGAGAAAGUGAGCUGGAAAAUAGGCAUCAAUGGCUACCGACUCAGAAAGCACCUGUCCCACCUGCUGCACAGGAAGCAGCCUGGAGCUGGAGAUGGGCACAAAUGGAGCCGUGAGUGCACAUCAUUGCUCCUCCAGGUUUGGAGAAGAGAACUGGAAGUAAAGCUCCCAAAGACUGUGGCAGUCAUCAGGGUUCCCAAGAGCCCAUCCAAGGGCAUCUCAGGCACCAAGUCUACCAGGCACUCAGUGCUCAAGCAGAUCUAUGGUUGUUCUCUGGAAGGAAAAGUACAUCAUCCUACAAGACUUUCCAGAGCCCCUCCUGCUCUGCAUCUCAAUUCAGUGAGCAAUUUGCAAUGCAUACAUCUCCUUGAGAACAGUGGAAGAUCUAAGAACUUUUCUUAUAACCUGCAAUCAGCUGCAAAAUCAAAAAACAAACCAAAGCUUUGAUGGCCUGUGGAGAAAGGUGAAUAGCUAUGCAAUUCUGAUUCUCUGUUGAUGGACCGUCUUACAUUUUGGGAAAACUUUAAUAUCCAUGCCUAAAGCCUUAUUACCUUGAAAAUGUCAUAACUGAAAGAAAAUAUCCAGCGUUUCCUCUGCUCUUACAAGUGCUAAUUUGUAAAUCAUCUCAGCCUACACUGAGAGGACUAGGACUAUGUCCAUGCAUACUGCCCAGCUGUGUGCCUUCAUCACAGUACAGCUAGAAAUGAGAACUGAUAAUUAUCAGUAACGUAAGUAAAAACUAGGGUGGUGAGCACUGCAGGGGCUGCCGGGCUGGGAUUUCUAACAGCUAGCUACUACAGGCCUCGUUUCCUGGUUCAAGUGAUAAACCUAAAUGAGACGGGGAACCUCCCUCCCUCUCUACACCCCCAGCAGCCAUCUUCAUCUUACUACUUGCCUGGAAUCUACUAAAACAAACUUUCUGAUAGAUACCACCUCCUAUUACUCCAACAUUAUCAGUCCUAAAUUUUAUAUCAGAAUUAUGUCCCAGUGUUUGCAUUUAGAAACUUCAUAGAACUAAGUACAUUCUGUUGACUCCUUACAUUUUCUAGUUCCCAUGUUAGUUUCUGAAGGCCACAGGUUGGGGCCAUGUCCUCUCUGAAUGCCUAGCACCACCAGCCUGUCAGGAUCAAAGAGUCAGUCAGGUAGGGUUUAUAAGCCAGAUCUCAUGUAACAAGGUGCCAGCUCAGGACUCGACAUCCCACUUGUACUUUCUGACUAACUUACAAGGUGAACAAGCUUCUCAAAAUGCCUUCUAUUGCUGGCAGGGAAAACUACACACAUUCUAGCUCGAAGAACACCUGAUAUAAAUGAAAUCUGGUGACUGUGGGCUCUUUUACAUUUUAGGGUAAAGACUGCUGUGGGGAUGCAGAGAUGAAGCACAAACUUAAGAGUUCAUGGCUUUUUUUAGUCACUUUUGUUAAGAUCAGUAUCAUCCCCGUGCUAACGGUACGAGAUAAAAAGCAAUAUGUUUACCUAAUUUAAUUACCUCAAUUUUUAAUUUAAUAAUUAUUAUUUUCAAAAUUAAGAAUGAGAUUGACCUCAUUGGGAUCACAACACUUUUGCUAGUAUGUUGAUAAAUAAUAGAAGGUACUAUACUUCCAUUCUGUAAAUAUUCAAUUCCUCUGAAGUGCAAAAUGUUAUUUCUACCUGUAACCAGGCAUAUCUCAUGUAUAUGUACUAAUCCAGGAAGCCAGCCUGAGCUUCAAUGGGAACUCACAAACAUUGCUUUGCAAAAGAAGGUUCAAAAACUUCUUUAAAAGUUUAGCUUUAAUGACAAACAUUUAUUACAUCAGUUUCUCUUCAAAAUACGAUAGAUGUGAAUAAACAAUUUCAAACAA